AUGAAAGGAGGCUGAUGUAUGCUUGUUCGCUAUUCGCUAUUCGCCUUUACCACACUGCCAAUAAACGUCUACGUUUCUUUGGUCUUCACAAUACGAACCUUACGGAUCUGCUACCGGAGAGUGCUAAGAUUUGGAUAAUAGAGUCCUGUAGAUGAGCAGCUCUCCUCCGCGCCCACAAAAUAGAGGGCAGAAGGGACGGUCUCAAUUUGAAGAUUGGAGAACGUUGCACCUGCGUAUGCAGCAAAAAUUGAUGCUCUGCAAAGUACACUCUGAAAUCCGAAUAAAGAUUCUUAGCUUGUGUCAGUGUCUGAGUUUGUUGCUCAACCCGUUUCUUCGGCUAGCUUUAGUCUAUUUGUAA